GGCAUUGUUAUGACGUUAUCAGACGACUUUCGAUGACUGCAUCCUGUUACCAUAUUAUAGUCAAUAUUACAUCCCCAUUGCCAGUUAAACUCUGCUCGGUCAUGCUCCUUAUCGGCGGAAUCUGUUGCGGAGUCGGACUGGCUUUUGGAUUGCGAUCUAUGGGUGUGCAUGAAAGUCCCCGUAAAGUCACAUAUGUGCUGUUCAUCGGAGACCUGUUUUUGAGCAUGCUAAAAUGUGUCACCAUUCCUUUGAUGGUAUCGUCCAUUAUCACGGGCUUGUCCAGCUUCGACAACCCCACCAGCGGUCAGAUUGGUUUCCGCUCCGUGCUGUAUUACUUGAUUACGGUUUUCCUGGCUGUGUGUGUCGGCAUUGGCAUGGUCACGGCCAUACGGCCCGGAUAUUUUAACAUUGGUGACGAGGAAAGCGUUGCCGUAACGGCACAAAAGCCGGCUCCUAAAUGGGCCGAACGGGUAGUCAUGACCGCCGAUACGAUUAUGGACUUGGUCAGGAAUAUGUUCCCUCCAAAUAUCAUUCAAGCUUGUUUUGCCCGGCAGCAGACAGAGCUCCACCCACCGCCCAAUAGAGUGGUCACCAACGCUACAGACAUUAUCCCGACUAGCACGACAAUGCAGGUGUCCUCCACGAAUAAUGUUAACGUGGUCAAUGAUAGUACUAACUCCGGUCUCAACCGCUUCGCCGUUCAAGAUUAUAGUGAUUGGAUCAUUACAAGAAAAGCUGUCGAGGGAACUAACAUUGUGGGCAUUGUCGUCUGCAGCUUGGUUUGUGGAAUCGCUAUUGCUCAAUUGGGAGAACACGGAAAGCCUUUCGGGGAUUUCUUCCGCAGCCUGAAUUGCGUAAUCACCGUCAUCGUUAGAUGGAUUAUGCGGUUGGCUCCAAUUGGGAUAUGUUUCCUUGUAGCGGGACAGCUGCUGAAAGUGACAAAUCUUCCUAUGGAAUUCGCGCAGCUGGGAAUGUACAUGUUAACUGUGCUAUGCGGGCUAUGCAUUCACGCUUUCGUCGUACUACCACUGGUCUGCUUUGUGAUUACGCGUCAAAAUCCUUAUCGUAUCAUACUUGGAGGAUUGCGAGCAUACGCCACCGGCUUCGGUACGGCUUCCAGUGCCGCGACCUUACCUGUAACUAUGGAGUGCUGCAAAGAAAACAACAAAGUUGAUGAGCGCAUAUGCGAUUUUACGCUGCCUAUCGCUACUGCAAUCAACCUGGACGGCACAGCACUGUAUGAAGCAGUAGCAGCCAUUUUCAUUGCACAAAACUAUAACGUUACCAUGGACUUGGGCAAGCUCGCUGCCGUUAGUGUUACUGCUGCUGCCGCGGCUGUGGGCGCUCAAGGGAUUCCCGAAGCUGGUCUAGUCACGCUGGUCAUGGUACUGGAUGCAGUUGGGCUUCCGGCAAAUCUUAUUUUGGAUAUCCUAGCUGUCGAUUGGUUGUUGGACCGCUUUCGCACGGUUGUCAAUAUUCUGGGUGACGUGAUUGCCGCCAGCGUUAUUGAGCACCUAUGCAAGGAUGUUUUGACAACAAUGGAUGAUGAUGAUGAAGCCGACGAGCGUCAUCGAAGGGUACAACACAUCGUGUCUACUCCCGAGGAAAACUUGGGAAAUAUCAACCAGGUAUACGGGAUGAGUGGUGCCGACACGCCUUCGCUAUCGAUUUCGCCACCGAUUCCGGGCAGUUUAACGCAGGACGAGCGUAACUUGGAGUUGCAGAUGUUCCGCGAACGAUGGAAACAAGAACUUGGCGCAAAGACAGCCGUAUCCGCCCGCUCCACAACAAGAGGAUAUACGCUCGAAACCGCAGCUGACCAUGGUGAGGCUCCUCAGUCCAGACACAGAUCCAGUCGUGUUAACCUCGUCGCCCAUAUAUGAUUGGGACACUUUCUGUCAUCUUGAAAAAUGUCCUUUGGCCUUUUGUUUAUACUUCAUAACAGCGCCCAAAUCCAUGCAAUGCGUUACGACGCCAGACGGAAUGAAAAAAUAAUGCACAAAUGCGUAACGAUGCCGAGGUACUGCCAUAAAGCUAAAAAAUGUUUGAUUUCUGACAAGAUACAA